ACAAAUUAUUGCUCUCGAAUGUCAUGAUUAUCUUGAUCCAUUUUCCUAUAAAUCCACGAAAGUCAAUUGCAAUAUUGUCAAAAACGAAAACUAUGAUGAAAUCACGAAAAAAUCGACCGGGUUUUUAUCAUCCAGCGAAGUAUUCGUGAUUGAUUUUACUUGUAGAUCCACCGACAAAAAUUUAUGCGAAAAAGCGAAGAAUGCAUUUGUAUCAGCCGGCCAGAGAAUUGCAUCAGUUAUUCAAUUUAAUACACCUGUAAGAGUAAAUGCAACCUUUACUGCAUUAGGACCCCUCGUUCUUGGGCAAGCGAAACCCGCUCGGACAAUUCCAUUAAAAGAUAAAGAUGGAAUAAUCAGACUUUACCCUCAAGCUCUAGUAAAACAGAUGGAAUUUUCUUCACAUCCAGAAUUUAAUACAUAUGAUAUCACAGCAUUAUUUAGUUCUACGGCUGAUCUAUUCUUUAAAGAAGAUAAAACAGCACAGAUAAAUCAAACCGACUUUGAAUAUAUUGUCACUCAUGAAUUUAUUCACGGUCUAGGAUUUGUUUCUAAUUGGAACAAGUAUUUUACCGACUUUAUUGCAUUAACUCCCGGUCCAGAUUUUCUUGAAGAUAUUAAAGAUCGAAACCAACCGAUAAGUUAUACUGGUUUCACCGAAAGGGCCUUUGAUAGAUACAUGGUUUUGAAUCUAGGAAGUUCCAAAGUAGCGAUGACAGUCCUGGCGCAAAAUAUAACCAAUUUUGCGCCAAUAGGAACGAAAUAUGCGUCAUUUAGUGCAUUUGAGAAAGCAUUCAUUGGUUCUCCUGAAUAUAAAAUAGCUAAAGAUUUAUCGAAUAAGGCUAUAACCCCGUAUACGAUGGAUUUUGUGACACAUGAUUCUUCUUUGGUUGUUCUUGAGACAAAAUUAAAUCCAUUUUCUUCGGGCUCGAGUAUUAGUCACGUGGACACAUAUUAUACAAAUACUUCUGAUUUUUUAAUGGUAUACGUAUCUCAACCUGGUAUCCGCUUUGAUGAUCUUGAUAAAAAAUAUGGUGGAGUAAUAGGUCCCUACAUCACCAAGAUUUUAGAAACUUUAGG